AUGGCUAACUACGUGGAACCAAACGAGCGCGAGAUUAAGGGGCUCGCCCUCGAUGAGAAUGAAUUGCGAGAACUAGUUCGCCAGGCUGAACAGGCUGAUGCCGCGGAUCGAAGCCUGACUAUCCGACAAGCACUGAAGCAGUACAAGACCGCCACCUUCUGGGCCAUGAUCCUCUCCACCAGCCUUGUCAUGGAAGGCUUUGAUCUAGUCACGAUCAACUCCUUUUACGGACAGGAACAGUUCCAACAAAAAUUUGGUGUCAAUGUACCAAACAAGCCCGGUACCAAAGCUAUACCUCCAUCCUGGCAAUCUGGACUGUCGAAUUCUGCUGUCGUGGGUCAGCUCGCAGGUCUAGCCAUCAACAUGUACGCGCAAGAUCGAUUUGGUUGCAGACCGACGAUGAUGUUCUUUAUGUUCUGGAUGGCCAUCACAAUCUUCAUCCCUUUUUUCGCGCCUUCAUUGUCUGUACUAGCAUUCGGUGAAGCAAUGUGUGGCAUCCCGUGGGGUGUUUUUCAGACUCUGUCUACCACCUAUGCCUGCGAGAUUGUGCCUACUGUCCUCCGACCCUAUGUAACUGCUUACGUUUGCAUGUGCUGGGGCGCAGGGAUCCUUCUGUCCUCCGGCGUCAUCAGAGGUGUAUCGACUCUGAGUGGGGACAUUGCAUGGCGCCUGCCUUUUGCACUUCAAUGGGUAUGGCCGGUACCUUUGUUCUUCGCUGCAUACUUUGCUCCCGAGUCGCCGUGGAAUGCCGUUCGACGAGGCAAAUUUGAACAGGCGGAGAAGAGCUUGAAUCGCCUUCUACCACACCAAGAGAACAAGCAGGAACGUAUUAAAACUACCUUGGCAUAUAUCAACUACGUUACCAAGCUUGAGAAGGCAGAAGGCGCGGCUACAAGCUUUGCCGACUGCUUCAAAGGUGUGAAUUUGCGACGAACCGAAAUUAAUUGUGUCGUUUGGGCCGCUCAGAUUCUUUGCGGCAAUGCUAUUCUCGGCUUUUCUGUUGUAUUCUUAGAAUCCGCAGGCUUCACUGCCGACCAAGCCUUCGACGUCAACAUUGCUCUCUCUGCUUGCUACAUUGUGGGCGGCAUUAUCUGCUGGUUCCUGAUGCCACGUGUAGGACGCGCUACCAUCUACAUGGGUGGUUUGACAUUCAUGUUCUGCUGCCUCAUCGCCAUCGGUGGCCUGGGAUUCAGUUCUUCUCACGAUGCAAAGAUUGGUGUCGCAGUGUUGUUCGUGAUAAGCACGCUGUGUAACAUGAUCACGGUGGGACCUGCAUGUUAUCCAAUCGUGGCCGAGACCCCCAGUGGACAGCUGAGAUAUAAGACGAUCACCAUCGGUCGAUUUGUCUAUAAUUUGACAGGCAUUUUCUCGAAUUCUGUGACUCCCAGGAUGGUGUCGCCACUGAGCUGGAACUGGGGUGCAAAAGCCGCUCUAUUUUACGCUGGCACGAAUCUGCUCUGCAACAUAUGGUGCUGGUUCCGCUUGCCAGAGACCAAAGAUAGAACGUUUGGUGAAAUCGAUCUUCUCUUUGAGCAUGGUGUGUCAGCUCGAAAGUUCAAAACGACGACCGUUAACCAAUUCACUAUCAAUGGCUGGGAUGGCUCCUUUAAGGAGGGAAAGAUGUCUGUGGAGCAGGUUAGUAGUCUAUAG